AGCACCCUGGAGAGCGCCCACGGCAGAGGGAGAGGAAGGCAGGAGAUAGCUGGGAGUAGCAAUACACCGGCCUGGGCAUUGCCAGCCACAGAUCACAGCAAGGAGAGAGGACCCUGCGUAUAACUACUGCACACAGCAAGGUCUGAGCAGAGAGCUGAUUAGAGAUCAGGACCCCUUUAGCAGCCUCCUUCCCUUCCACCCUUACACAGACACACUCACACACACACACACACACACAGACACUCACCCCCCACACACACACACACAUACACAUACACACACAAUAAUCUGUGUCCAGUAAUCCCUGAGCACCCACCACAGUCCUGUCUCAUCCUUUCUAUAGACAUCAAGUGGACCUUGGAGCAUGCUAUCAUCUGCAGAACAAUAAGGGAAUCUGUCUCAGCUGCUCUCAUGAUAGCGCCCCCUACAUAGCUCACACAGAGCCCUGUACACAAGACUGCUGGGUGCCCCCCACCCCCAGCCAUGAGAAAGGAUCACAUCUACAAGGGUGAGACACUCAGCUCUGUAUCUUUAAUGAUAAUGUACUGGGUUUGUUUAUACGCAGCUCCAUCCUAUCAAGGCAGUAAUAAAUUGUGGUAAAUAUAUGAGAUAUGGACAGAGAGAGGGGGGGAGGGGGGGGGGCGUAUUUAUAUAUUCUUUGAUUUCCUUGUCAUUUACUUGAGACGUAAAUUCAGUGAGGGGUUGCUGCAGCCCCAUUAAGACAUGUAUUGCAAUAGUGAUUAUAAUUUAUUUAGCUCUGUUCGUAUUAUGUAUUUCAGUACUUUGGCCUAUUAAGCUAUUAAGUAGGGUUUGUUUGCAGGUGUUGGUGGAUUUGUUUAUAGGUUUUAUGUAGAGUAUAUUUAUAGUUUAGAAUACCCAAUAUCCUAUUAAAUGAAUUUAUUUUACAUACAUUGUAACAAUACACUACUAAUACCAAUAAUGCCACUAAUAAUCAGUAAUUUGUGAGAAAUAAUAUGUGAUUUUUUCUUUUCUGCUGAAGGUCAGAUAAGGCCAAUCAGCAUAAUGACCUCUGGGCUUACAAGGCACAGUUCUAAUAAUGGUGAAACUGGCAGAAACAUUCCAUUGGUUUCCAUGGUGACUGCUUCACUUUUAGAACUUUCUCCCACAGUUGCUUUUUUAUACAGAAACGCAAAUGUAGCAGAAAAUAUUUACUAAUUUGCAUCACAAUUUUCGUUUGGCCUGGAGGGAGCACCCAUGAAUCAGAUAUAAAUAUCUCAGGUCACCUAAUGUAUUGGAGAUUGCUUGGAUGACUUAUUUCAUUAAUCUACAUUAUCAAGUUUUUCUCCAUAAAUAGCUAAUGACAUCAUCCAUGAGAAUUAAUAACAGAAAAUGUUGAGUGUAUUAGACAGUUGACUACAAAUAACGCCAAAGGCAUAUUUAAAUGUAGAACCUAUAAAACACAUCUUCCAAACCAUCACUCCUACGAACGUUGAUAAGAGGCGCAGAGGAAUCGUUAUCAUGAACUGGUGGCCUCAUCAAAAUUAUAGGCUUUGUACACUUGGGAGUCGAUGUACCAAACAAGAUACGUGUAUUUUAAGUAAGCGUGCCUCUUGUGUGCUGUCUGUUUUACACCACUCUCCUCUCCAAACCAGAUGGUGCUUGAAGAUCGUUCCCCAUGAAACAGAUGGGUUUCUACAUCAGCUCCUUAUCUCGAGCUCCUUGCACCAAGACUCAGGUGAGACAUUAUCAAGUGGCCCCCAGCUACAACUACAAAUGGACGGAUAUUCACUACGAGGCCAGCAGAGGAAAUGUAGAAAAAUUACGCCUCUUACUGACCACAUCAGGUUUGUUAACACCCUUUUUGAUGCUUUAUCUAAAAAAUAAGCACAUCAUGAUGAAGCCAAUGUUAUUUUUAUUAAUGACUCACAAGCUGUAAAUGAAUUGUUGUUGUUUUUCUUUAGCAAAAUCAGAUUAGGAAUACCAUGAGAAUUUACUAAAAUCUCUUCCAGUUUAACCAAUGGAAUAUAAAUAUAUAUAUAUUUGCUGUAAAUUGAUUCUCCUAUUAGAUUGUGAGGUUAUUUGAGCUGGGCCCUCUUUAUCUCAUGUCUCUGUCAAUACUAGUUGUUUUUUAUCUCCGAUGUAUAAUUGUAAAGCGUUGUGGAAUAUGUUUGCGCUAUAUAAAUAUACCCUUGCCAAGGUGAAAGAUGAACCUCUUAGGUGACCCCCUAUGUUUCAUUAGAGUUAUUGCCUGUUACCUGACAGCAGCAAGGCGAAUUGUUAGCAUAGCACUCACAUAAAAGGUUUGCCUUGAAAUUAGCAGGUGAGCUUACACUUUAAUGGCCAUUGCAGUGCUGAAAACCAAUGAUAUGUUCAUUUAUGUAAAGAUUUGGGAUAGUUUGUAAGUAACUUUUUUUGUGAGGUUUUUUGUGUGUGUUUUUAUAUAUAUAUAUUAGGACUGAUUACUAUUAUAGCCAUAAUAUUAUAGACAUUGUUGCCACCCAAGAGUAGUGGGAGUUUCAGGAUUUUUAGGAAACCUUAAAGUGAAAACAUAUACAGAGUUACUCACUAAAGGGUUAUCCGGUAUUUGUUGGAAUGGACAAAAUCUAGUGAAAUUAACCAAAUUCCGGUCUAACUGAUUUUGUAGCAUUAGUUUGAGAGUAUUUAGAGAGUAAGUUAAAUUUGAAGCAUUCAGGCCUGGAUUUCCAGCAUUUGGUCAAGAUUUCAGGCACCUGGAGGAUUUUGGCCAGUUGAAAUCCAGGCCAAAUUCAGGGUCUGUGUUACAAAAUCCAGCCAUUGUUUAAUUCCAUGGUUUUGCCCCAUUUGUUACAGGGCCAUAUAGACAUUAGUGAACAACUCUGUUAGAUCCCUAUUUAAUAACCAGGGAGAUGUGGUGAGCUGAGAACUCUCACAAUUUAAUUUUUUUUAAAGAAAUCUUAUAAUUUAUUUUCCCAACUUUGCAAAUUUGCAUGCCUGUUUCAAUUAAACACAUCUCACUGUUUCAUAUAUGGAACCCAUUAAGGAGGGACAUUUAUAAGAAAAAUGUUUAAAGGGACACCCCACUGCCCAAGUAAAAAAAUUAAUAAAUACACUAUUAAGUACAUAUUUUCUUUGAGUUAUGUCUAAAACAGCUUGCAAAGCUGCAGAUCUAUUCUCUCCAGCCCAUGCAAGCCCAACCCUUCUAACCCUGUCUAGAAUUUCAAUCACAAACUUCAGAGUCUUUGCAAUGCAUGUGCUCUGAGCAAUUGCUGCCUCUUGAAUUUAGUUCCACUGUACCAAACAACAAGGAAGUAACAGGACCGGUUGUCUGAUUGACAGCCGGUGGGGGGGAGGUAUAACAAGAUUAAUUUAUAAAAGUGCCAAUUUCUAUUCAAAUCUGCACAAUUUGUUAAAAUUUAAAGAUGAGAAAACACUCUUCUCUCACAAAGCACUUCAGCAUUAGAGUGUCCCUUUAAUUAGACAUCGACAAGAGAACAUUAUUGUAUAUUUAUUUUCAAAUGGCGUUUUUAUUUACUUAGCAAUGAAACAAACAAAAUGCAAAGGUAAGAUCAGCAUACAAUAUAUUUGACUUACAAAUCUGGUCUGUCAAUUCUGUGGGUGGGCCCGUUACUUUUUCGAGGGAGGACCUACCCCUAUAGAUGGAGCCAGUGACACGAAUCGCAUCACAUGCCACCCCAUUUUUGCCUAAGCCACUGGCAUCUCGCUAUUUUGUGAAACCAGCAGAACUACUCCUGAAACCUAAUUGAUGACAUAAUGUACAGCUGUAUUUUUUGAGGGGAAAAAAUAAAUCAUAACUUUGAGCAGAAAGGCUGGGUUUAUUAAGCAAAGUAACUGUUUUGUUUUUUUUAAGAGUAUUAUGGACAACAUAACUAACUGUAACUUAAUCUACCUAAUAUGUGUGGAUGAUCAGAAUUACAAUUAAAUUUACUUUUAUGCUAUUGACACUUAUGCAAGAAGUGAGUUAUAUAAAACAUAAAUAGAUUUAUUUGAAUUAUAUUUUUUCUUGGGUCCAGGUUUGUAAAUUAAAUACCUCUAGUCCUUGUAAACUAACGUACAUCUCUUAAUAUUAUAAUCAAUUCAGCUUUACCUUCUAUAAUGUUUUUAUUAUGUCAAUUUUAAUGGUUACCUUUUUUUUAAUAAUAUUUUUACUGCUGCUCCCUUUCUUCCUGGCCAGAUUGGUUUGUAAUAUAUGUAAACAUAUCAACAGCUUGCGAGAUCAGUGAUGUCAAAGGAGAAGUUUACUUCCUUAUUUGCUGUCCAUCCUAUGCCCAAUUUUGUGUCUUGUGUCAGUUCAGAGCCAUUUCUUCCCUACCUACCUGGACUGGUUGAUCACAGCAUCACACAACUUGGUUCACAAUUUUUAUUUUUAAAUACACAUACCACAACUGCUAUCAGCUUAUCACAUGUGAUGAGAUGAACGGCGGUCAAGGUUAUCUCAACACAUGGACACACUGUACAAAAUUUUUUAUGAUGUUUAAACACUGAUUUUGUUGAAAGUAUCAAUAAAUAUAAGCGUAAUUUAAUCAAUAAUAUACAUUAUUAUUACUGUUUUUGGUUGUAUAAGUAGGGCCCCAGUGCUCCAUAUUUCAUAAACUUAGAAGAUUAUGAGCUGAGGAAGAAAAAAGCAUAAACCAUAAUGGGAGACUCUAGGUUGGUAAGCCUCUUCCUGGUCAGGGUAGGGCGACAUUUUAAUUUUAUAAUUUAUUUUAUAAUUCAUUAAUAUGCAGGGUGACCUCUGCAUUUGGAUCUAUGCACAUUCCAAAACACAUUGUCAAGAGAUUUUAUUGUUUCUUUAAAUAAUAACACAUAUUCUUACACUCUAAUAUUUAUAGUUACAGUAUUUGGUUAGUGUUUACUUAGGUUAAGAGGUGUCUGUAAGGGAAACGUAGGCCACAAGACAUCUAAUUUGGGAAUUCCAUAAACAAUAGGCUACAUGAUUUACAUUAAGAAAAGAGCUACCCUCAGUUUAGAGUGGGGUCCUAGCAACACAUAUACUAACUGUUAUGCAAAAUAAAAAACAGAAGGUCAGCGCUAAUUAACACAGUUAACUGUUACCCUCCCCUAUGCCCCCCCUAUCUUUUCCCUGCGUAUGUCCUUGAAAGGAGCCCUGGUCAUUAACGGUUUGGGGCUGCUUUGCCUCCUGUCUCUAACUGCUCCUGUGUUGCCUGUGCAGUGACAGUGCUUGGAGAAGCAAGACAGACAUUUCUUAGUUUAACUUUUCUGAAUAUUAUACCUUUAGCUUAGCCUAUAAAUAUCCAUCUAGUGAGUUCAGACAGCAGCCCACUGGAGGUAGUUUACCAUUAAGACCUUCGAUUUUCUAAGAUCUUCACAUUUGGCAUCAUCAUGCACGCAUUGAUGAUGCUGAAUGCAGAUAAGGCUUCUCACAGAGCUGCAUGGGAUAGCACUGAGUACUAGCUAAAAGUACCGCCUGAGCAGGUUUUAAUAUCAUUAACACAACCUAGAUACCAGCAGAGCAAUUAUCGUCACAAUGAUCACAAAAUAUUUUUUUUUACAAGGCCCCAGCAGCACCAUGUGCACUCUAAUUGUUUUUGCAGGUGUUUGGAGUUUAUUUGUCAGUGUGAUAUCAAUGCUUCUUGACAUCAUUCUACAAAGCAAUAAAUCAAAGGAUCCUGGGAGUUUGGGGGAGAGGAGUUAACAGUGGAAAGGGAAACAUAGUUUUUAUGCCCCUAGUGUUCCGAUGACUGGUUACAACUGUAAGCCAUAAAUUCUCUGUAGAAAUGGCUCUGAUACAGAAAGGAGUUUUUGUUUUGAUCAAUUUAUUACUAUAUUUUUUUUAGGUUACAGUUCUUUGGACACGUACUUUAAAUAUUGCUGGUCUAAUUGUGUUCUAGACAAAGAGCUGGUUGACCGGAAGGAUUAUUAUGGAAAAACCCCUUUAUAUUGGGCAGCCUAUAAAGGUCAAAGGGUUUCAAUGGAGUUGUUGCUUCAACAUGGGGCAAACGUGAACAGCUGUUGUAAGCAUGGCGGAACCCCGUUACAUGCUGCCAUAGGGUUAUUUCCAGAGUGUGCCCUGUUACUGAUACAGGUAAGUUAAAUCCAUAUCCUAUUCAUUUUAUUGACUUGUCAAUUUAUUCUCACUAAUUGAACCAAUAGGCGGAGGACUGCAUUUGUUUCUAUGUACUGUAUAUAGUCUUCAUAUUUUGUCAUCAGUUGUCCAAAAUGUGGUUAAAGUAUAGUCUAAAAGGAAACCCAUUUCAAAAUAUGAUCCUUUUCUUACAGACUCAGUUCAGCAGAAAACUGUGUUGACAUUAUAUUGAACUCUUUUUCUUGAAUGUUAUUGUUUAAUUAGUGUUUUGUGCUUAUGCAAUCAAACAUUGGACAUACAUACAUGUUUUUUAUUUUCUUUGUUCACUUAUAUAAAUUUAAACUCAGUGUUACCAUACAGAUUACCAGUAAACCCUUCACUAACCCACUUGCCAUGUUUGAUUUUUCAUGUAACUAAAGUGCAAGCUUUUCCCACAUAACCUUUAGAUGGGUUGUCUGCAUUGUAAAGUAACCAGGGAAAAGUUGCUGAAUCAGAGUUCAUCAGAGGCUUGGUGAUUUUCCUGAGGUUUAAUUGCUGGUGGGCAGCCAAAUAAGGUUCAAAACCCAAGUCUCUCCAAGUAAGGCUUGCAGAUUUUUUUUAUACAUUCCCAAGUUGAUUAUUCAUAUUUUUUCCUCAAAAAAAUCUCCAUCCUCCAACUUGGGAUCUAGUGAAUCAACCCAUUAGUAGCAAAAGACCAUUAUUUUAAAAAUGAGCAUUAUUAGAGCAACAUUGGAGCUAUUAACCAAGUUUUGAUCGUUCAAUGUAUCUACACCUUUAAGUGGUUUGCUUGCUUGCUUGCUUGCUUGUUUGUUUAUAUUGUUGUAGCACAGUAUAGCUUGUGAUGUUACUCUUGCCAGCCACCUGUAUCUUAGCUGGAACAAAUUGGAGAGUGAAAUAAAGGAUCACCCUGUGUGUUUUUGUUCCAAGCAUGGUGCUGAUGUUAACCUCCAGGAUAACUGGGGAGUAACUCCAAUGUACUUGGCGGCUUGUAGUGGACAAAUGGAGUGUAUUCGACUCUUGGUUCAGGCUGGAGCUGAAAUUACUUAUAAAAACAAGGUAAGAAGUGGAUGUUCCUCUACUUGGCAUCAUAUGUUAUGAUCAAUUUCUACUAUAUCAGUCUCAUAUAGACCAGUUACAAGACAGUAAAAAUAUAUUCCUGAAUCAUUUCACAUUUAAUCACAACAAAUCACACCAUGUGAGAAAUCUGUACAAUCCCUUAUAUUCUUUACAGUAUAUGCAUGAAAGUUUGCAAACCAUCUAGAGGACAUACUAGAGGCACAGCUAGACAAAUGGUCCAAUUAAGUAGUGGUAGGAACAUAAACACACAAAUCUUAGACUAAAUCCAAACUCAAGCCCCAAAGGUUACUUUUAGUGGCCACAAUUUUAUUCAAUAACACAACCUCGUGCAACAGAUGGAUGCUUGGCCAGCCUCUCUACCUUAAAUAAAAAUGGAAGAUAGAGAGAUUACUGUGAUAUUGUGGUAUCAUGGCGGGCUCCAACUGAAAAGCUAUCUGAAAGAGCAUGAUAUAAAUUGAAACAAUAAUUACAUACACCUUGAAACAAAGAUAAACUUCAUGUUGUCUUAAUCAGGACUCCACAUCCUUACAUAUCUUAUUUUCAUUAAUAUGUAUUAUUAUUAAUUAUUAUUACGAAUAUUUAUUAUUUGGGUCAUAUCUUUUUGAGCAAUUCUGGUGUAAAGUUCAAUGUGAAGAAUUCUGUUUGGGAACCAAUAUAACUUUCCUGCUGAUAUCUUCACUUCUGGAACUUUGUACCAGAAUUCCUCUUUAUAUUUGGAUCUAUGCACUUGAUGAUUUUUUAACCUGUAGCUCAAUAUUACAAAUUGUGCUUUACAUUACAGAAAACAGGACUACCACCCAAGCGCCUUGCUUCGCAGGUGGCAUUCAUUGCGUGGAUUGAAUCAUUUUCCCAUCAGCCUCGCUCAUUAAAACACCUGAGUCGUUUAAAGAUACGCUCCACUUUGGGACCCCAAAGGCUAAGAACCAUUAGGACCUUUAACUUGCCACAAUCACUCAAGUGCUACCUUAUGUUUGAGGAUCUAGUACUGCAAGAAGGUCUUUAGCGUUGAUGGUGGUUAAACGCACUUUCCAGAUAUGCUGUAUUGGCAUAAUAUGCACCCCAGUACAGCAACUCCAUGCAGCGAUGCAGUGACUUUGCACACCUCUGUACAAAUUGAAUUAUUUGAAAACAAAAUGGGAACACCUGAAACCUGCAAGACUGUAAAGAGAAGUCAGAGAUUCUCUCAAAUCAAAGGAAUUUUUGAAGAAUAUCUCUCCUCACUGAGCUUCCAUUGAAUACCACGUCAAAAAGGCCACCUAACGCAGUCAAUGCCAAGGGUUAAAGGGGACAUUUUCCACCAGUGGUAUAAAUAUAUUAUAUCAUCCCCGUGAACAAUCUGGAGUCCUUAAUAUAUCAAUAUAUUUCUAUUUUUUAACCUGAACCACUGUAGGGAAAAAAAUUGCUAAGACACAGACUAGAGACUUAAAAAUUCUGUUAAACAAUACAAAGCCCAUAGGAAGUCCUUCAGCUGGUGUGGAACUACAAGAUCUAUAGUGCUUUGCCAACCACAAGACUGGAAAAAUAUCAUGGAUGUUUUAGUUUUACAACAGCUGGGGUGCUGCCUAAGCUCUCCCCAAACGUGGAUUUAUGAUAUAUUAUUCAUUACUAGCAAAAUAUGUAUCUGGAAUAUUUGUAAGAACUCUGUUCCUCAUCCCCAAAGCCACGACCUGUAGUAAAGAACAUCCGUAACGCAUCAACUCAUAACAUGUUCCUUACUUGACCAGUUUAACUGAACCCAUUACAUGCGGAACACGGCAAGGGCUGAGUUCUUUCACAAACACUACAUAUAGAAUUUGGCACAUCAUAUAAAUAAAGCAAAGCAUAAAAUUUUCCUUAGUAGACUUUAAACCAAUUUUCAAUUAGCUUCCAUCUUGAUUUUAAAGAAAUUAUGGAUGGGGUCUGCAGUUUCCUCUCCUCAAAUGAUAAUGUAGCAACUGUUGUUUCUAUUUUGGGUUCUGAAAGUUGUUUUUGGCUUGUCUUUGUUUAAAGGUCUUCUUAUAGAAUUCUAGGCAUUUUUGAUAUUCCCACGGCUAAACCAUUGGCUACAAGGAAAAACACUGUCAGUCUUUUCCAGGUUGGGCUAUUUAUUAUUAUUUUUUUUCAAAAGUGUCACAGACACAUUUAAUGGCAUAAAAGCUUUUGUUGUUGUGUUGAUAUGAUGUUUCACUUCAAAACACACUUAUUUUUCUAGGCUCUAGAAAGAUUACCAUUAAUGAAACUGAUGGCCUUUUUACAAAGGCAUCCCAUGGAUGUUAAAACGUUAUUAUGACUACUCCAACACAAAUCUUAAAAGAUGGAGUAAAUUAACAUGUUUGUUAUAUAAGUGACUUAUCUAAAUGCAAUUCAGAACAAAAAGAAUUUACAUGUUUGAAUAAGUAGAAAAUGCUGAAUGUAACCAUUUGAAUGCAAGGAGUGUGAAAAUAUAUUGGCCAUAUUUUGCAAGCUAAUGCUGGCGCAAUAAGCAGAAUGAUCAAAUUUGUUUCUAUGGUAAUUGUUCCAAUUUUAACAUAUAUGGACCAAUGUGUUACUCGUUCCUCUGGUAAUCUAAUGGCUAAGCUGCAAAUAAUCUGUUUAAGAAAUAAUUCAAACUGUAGUUUUGAAUGCAUAUUUCUGUUCUUAUAGAAACAGAAUUAUAACUGGCACUUGUUCCAGCAGGUGACAUAAUGCUUUUGGUUUAAUAUGUGACACAAUGUUUUGUGACUUUUUUUUUUAAAUAAAC